CCACGGUGUUUUCCUGGGUGGAGGGCCUGCUCUGGAUCUAGCCUGUCAAAACUGCAUUGAAACAAGAGCAACGUGGGAUAAAGUCAGUGAAAUCAGGUGCUGUUCAUAUUUGAUAACUGUAACUAAGACUUGAACGAGCCAGAGAGAAAUCCAGUGUUCCCCUUCCCGACCCUCUCUGAAACACCAUGAAUGAAGUUAGUAUUGUCAGAGAGGGCUGGCUUCACAAACGAGGUGAAUAUAUCAAAACAUGGAGGCCCAGGUAUUUCAUCCUGAAGAGUGACGGUUCUUUCAUAGGCUACAAGGAGAAGCCUGAUCUAAACGACCAAACUUCACCACCACUCAACAACUUCUCAGUAGCAGAGUGCCAGUUAAUGAAGACUGAAAGACCCCGGCCCAACACAUUUGUCAUUCGUUGCCUACAGUGGACCACUGUCAUUGAACGCACCUUUCAUGUGGAUGGCAAUGAGGAGAGAGAGGAGUGGAUGCGGGCAAUCCAGUCGGUGGCGAAUAGUCUAAAGAUGAGGGAACAGGAGGAGGAGGAACCAAUGGAUAUGUUUGGCUCCCCCAGCGACAGCAGCCUGGAGGAGAUGGAGGUGUCCAUGUCCAAGAAUCGCUCCAAAGUGACAAUGAGUGACUUUGAGUACCUGAAGCUUCUUGGGAAGGGGACCUUCGGGAAGGUAAUUCUGGUCAAAGAGAGGUCCACUGGAGUUCAUUAUGCCAUGAAAAUACUGCGCAAAGAGGUCAUCAUUGCCAAGGAUGAGGUGGCCCAUACAGUUACAGAGAGCAGAGUGUUACAAAACACACGACAUCCCUUCCUCACGACACUGAAGUAUGCUUUCCAAACCAACGAUCGACUCUGUUUUGUAAUGGAAUACGCUAAUGGAGGCGAGCUCUUCUUCCACCUGUCACGGGAGCGAGUGUUCACAGAGGACCGGGCACGAUUCUACGGGGCUGAGAUUGUGUCAGCGCUCGAGUACCUUCAUUCACGUGAUGUUGUUUACCGGGAUCUGAAGCUCGAGAAUCUGAUGCUGGAUAAAGAUGGCCACAUCAAAAUCACUGAUUUUGGCCUUUGUAAGGAAGGCAUAACCCCUGACGCUACCAUGAAAACCUUCUGUGGUACUCCUGAAUAUCUGGCACCAGAGGUCCUAGAGGAUAAUGACUACGGCCGGGCAGUGGACUGGUGGGGACUGGGUGUAGUUAUGUACGAGAUGAUGUGCGGCCGUCUGCCUUUCUACAACCAGGACCAUGAGCGUUUGUUUGAGCUCAUACUCAUGGAGGAGAUCCGCUUCCCCAGGAACCUGUCGCCUGAGGCCAAGUCCCUGCUGGCUGGCCUGCUCAAGAAGGACCCCAAACAGAGGUUGGGUGGAGGUCCCAACGAUGCCAAAGAAGUAAUGAGUCACAAAUUUUUCAUCACCAUCAACUGGCAGGAUGUGGUAGAGAAGAAGCUGACCCCACUCUUCAGACCGCAAGUGACUUCAGAGACAGACACCCGGUACUUUGAUGAUGAGUUCACAGCACAGACCAUCACACUCACUCCUCCAGACAAGUAUAACAGUCUGGACUGUGAGGAUCCGGGCCAACAAGCACAUUUCCCCCAGUUCUCCUAUUCUGCUAGCAUAAGAGAGUGAUAUCAUUUCUGCCACACACACACACAAAUACACAGGAGGCAUAAACACCUGAGCCACAUCCUUGCAGGUAUAAAAUGAGCAGAACCUCCAUCUUCAAUGAUAUUUUAGUCCAUCAGGAUCUAAGUGCCUCAGCUGGUCGCCAUAUUGUUCAAUAGAACCACACUAUUGACAUAGGCAGGCCACACUGGCUGUACUAUAUCAAACCAGACUUCAGUACCUCACAUAGUCAUCAGCACAACACAACAACACAAUGCCUGUAGCACCUUUGGAUGGCCUAUAAACAACUACUGCUGCUUUUUCAGACUGUAAACCGCCAAUCAUUUUAACACGCUCUUUUUAUGCUCUUUAUGGAACAGUUCCUCCAUGAUGUUUCCAAAUGUUCUUUUUCAGAACUAGCUGUUACUACCUGUGAUAGGUAGGUUUGUAUCUAAAGGAGGAAGCAGCAGGGACGUUAGUCGGGCGUUUUUCUUUUGUAAGGUGUGUGUGUAUCUUUUUUUUUUUUUUUUUUCUUUUUUUUUUUUUUUUUUUUAGAAAGGGUAUCAUCAAAAUCUGAAUGUCAUCAGUUUAGUCAGAGUUAGUCUGCGAGAGCAUGAGCUUUUGUGUGUCUUAAUACAACGUUCGAUAUGCAUCAGGAUAAAUUGAUAACACGUGAUGAUCAAAAUGUCUCUGCGGAGAAAAGCUUUGAGCGAGCCAUGAAUUGUUUUUCGUAAACUGUUUGCAAUGAAAACAAAUCACUUGUUUGUUAGUUUGCGCUCAUCUCAGAAAUUGAUCUUUGUGAACAGAUCAGUGUGACACGUCAAUUAAUGGGAAUUGGGAAUACCUUAAUGCAUAAGGUGUUUAUGUUAUUAACAUUUCUUUUUUCAUUCUAGCAUUUUUUAUGUCUUGAUCAGCAAUGUACACACUAUCCAUGUGAUUUAAGAGACUUAAUAAGCACUUAAUGAUUUGAAGCAGACCUCAUUUCUUGAGAUGGACCAUGUUCAUUAUGUAGCUGAAAGCUUCCUGGAUUGGUGUCAGUGUUUAUUAUUUUUUGGAUCUCAUGAAAAUGUGUCUGCGAUACAGAUUUUCACAAACUGUGAGAUACCAAAGCUGUCCUGUUCCUUAUCCUGUUGACUUCUGUGGUCGGACACUUGAGGUUCUGAUUAACGUCAACAAUUGGCCAGAUUCAGAUUCUUGCAAUUUCCUUAAAGUUCUUGCCCGGCUGCAUGCAGACAGCAUUUAACAUUGGAGAACUUUGGCUUUUAUUUUGGUAACAUAAGAAACCUUCAACAGUAGGUAUUAUUACUGUAAAAAAAUAGCUCCAAACAAACAAAUUCCAAGCGCUUUGAGAGCACAUGUUCAUAUCUGGAGGGUCAUCCUUUCUUAGCAUUCAAAGCUUCUCCUGUUAUAUUUCCAGUUCACUCAUAGCUUUGUUAUAACGCGUCUUUGUAGACUUUCUAUGAAAGUAGUCUUUCCUCAAAUCUUAACCUGUUUGAGACUUAACAAGUUGAAUGUCCUCCUAGCUAUUGUGUAUGUCAUUUCUUUGUAAAUCCACACCACUGCUGCUUCUCACACUUGACUGAGCUGGAGAGUCAUCCAGCGAGCUGUGUAUAUCAUGAACAUGGUCCAUUGUGAGAUUUUGUGUUUCAGUGCAAUGACUUGCAAGUAUGUCUUUUAAUUAUUUCUAGUUCUUCCCAUCUUUUAUGAAUUGCUGCACAUCAUUAAAUGUUAAAAAGGGGAGGUUCACUGUUAAGAUUUGGAAUACUGGGUUUUAUACCAACAUUGUAUUGGUGCUACACUGAUGAGUCACUGGUGUUAAAUAAAGAGCUGUUGCAGACAACCUGCUUCCCGUUGCUCACAGAUUUUCUAUCACGUGCUCUUUUGAAAUCAUUUGUUUUUUUUUUUUUGCUGUUUUCCCUCAUCCUUCCUGUACCCUCAACCUCAUUCGCCGAUGGUCUCCAAUUAAGGAAAUUCAUAUUGGUUGAAAGAGUUGUAUGUGGUUUUAAUUAAAUUCUAUUGUCUAUGAAUGUAAUACUGAAAGACAGUGAUCCAAUACACAUUUUAAUUGUCUUUAUACA